AUGGACAACGGCUAUCCAAGGUCCGUGGUGCACCCAGAUAUCCGCCUGCUCAGUUCCGCCAUUCUGGCCCUGAUCCGCGACGUCGAUUCCACCCAAUCUUCACUUCUGCUGUUCUCAUGCCCGCAAGCGGCAAUUUCCUGCAAGCAAUAUAUUCUCCUUCUCUCGCAUGGGAAGGGUCAGUCCAAUCUUGCCGACUCAAUCCUUGUUUACUCAGUGGACUUCAUUGCCUCACUCUGUCAUGACCAUGCUCGCCCGUCGGAUCCGGUGCUUUAUGCCAUGGUUUACCCGAGUAUGUUUUCUCCAUAUUCUAUGGCAUUCUGGCAACGAGCCGGGCCUGGAGUCUCGUCGCGGCUAGCUCAGAAGUGCCUGGAACAUGUAACUAGACCCCGGAUUCACCCAUGGACUGCCCCUCCCGAUACUGGCAUACACAAGGCAUCUGGCGACCCCCAUCCUGUGUACCAAGCAAUCCGCUCACGGAUCUCUGGCUAUGUACAAGGCUUUACAGAUGAGCCGCGGGUCACGAAGCAGGUCGUUCCCUCUGAUGUUUUUUUAUAUAGCUCAGGGAUGACGGCUAUCUACCACGUGCAUCAGUCCAUUCUGAGUUGGCGGACCGGGGAGUCCGUGAGUGCUGGACUCUUGUAUGAGCCGACUUACAAGGUUCUGGAGACUCAUGGGCCAGGUCUAAAGUCUUAUAAUUUAGGACCGGAUGCCAACUUGGAUCAUCUUGCUGCUUAUUUGGAGUUGGAAUCCAAGGAUGCUCCUACAGUGCAGUCAAUCUGGUGCGAAUGUCCGAGUAACCCAUUAAUGCGGACAGCCGAUUUGCAGCGAUUACGCUCGCUGGCAGAUCAACAUGAUUUACUUGUAGUGGUGGAUGAUAGCGUGGCUAGCUUCGCCAACAUCAAUCUUUUGGGUGUGGCAGACAUUAUCAUCUCAUCACUAUCCAAAUACUUUAGUGGAUACGCCGACGUGAUGGCAGGGAGUGUUAUUCUGAAUCCCAACUCGACGCACUAUGGUGCUUUGCACCACCAUAUCUCUUCCACAUACGAGAAUGGCCUGUUUGUGCAAGAUGCGAUUCAGCUGGAAUCCAAUAGCAGGGACUUCCUGACUCGCAUGGCCCAAAUCAACGAGACCACGCAAUACCUUGUAACCCAGCUUUUGCCACUCCUGUCGAAUCCGUCAAGCCCGCUCACCAACAUUUUCCACCCAUCUGUCUGCUCGUCCCGUCUAUACUACGAGCGCCAGAUGCGUCCACAGUCUGAAGGGUUUCGCCCUGGGUAUGGGGGUGUCUUUACGAUGCAGUUUGCGGAUCUCGCGAGCUCUUCUACUUUCUUCGAUAACUUGGACGUCUACAAGGGUCUCUCUUUUGGUGCAGAUGUCUGCAUUGCAUCGCCCUACAUGCAAAUGACGGGUCAGGCCGGUAAGAAGCAAACUUCUGCCGAUGACAUCAGUGAGACCAUCAUCCGGUUCUCUGUGGGUCUAGAGAAGGCUGAAGAGAUUCUACGAAGGAUCAAUACUGCACUAGAUGCUGCGGUUCUGGCUCACAGGGACAAGUUCCAUGUGUCCAUUUAG